GGCGAGCGGCUGCCGAGAAUGGGCGGGGCUAGGGCGGGGCUGGGGGCGGGGCGGGGAGGCCCGCGAGCAUCUCCGAGGUCCGCACGCGUUCCCAGCGCACACUCGCUGCUGUCUCCCUCGCUGUGCGGUCCGUCGGGCUCUCGCUGCUGCUGCUCUAUUGCCAAGAUGUCGCUUUCUAACAAGCUGACUUUGGACAAGCUGGACGUGAAGGGGAAGCGGGUCGUCAUGAGAGUGGACUUCAAUGUUCCUAUGAAGAACAACCAGAUAACGAACAACCAGAGGAUCAAGGCUGCCAUCCCAAGCAUCAAACACUGCUUGGACAAUGGAGCCAAGUCCGUUGUUCUCAUGAGCCACCUGGGCCGGCCUGAUGGCGUCCCCAUGCCUGACAAGUACUCCUUGGGGCCAGUUGCUGUAGAGCUGAAAUCUCUGCUGGGCAAGGAUGUCUUGUUCUUGAAGGACUGCGUGGGCCCAGAAGUGGAGAAAGCUUGUGCUGACCCAGCUGCCGGGUCUGUCAUCCUGCUGGAGAACCUUCGCUUUCACGUGGAGGAGGAAGGGAAGGGAAAAGACGCUUCUGGGAACAAGGUUAAAGCCGAGCCAGCUAAAAUAGAAGCUUUCCGAGCCUCCCUUUCCAAGCUAGGGGAUGUGUAUGUCAACGAUGCGUUUGGCACUGCUCACCGAGCCCACAGCUCCAUGGUGGGAGUCAAUCUGCCGCAGAAAGCCGGAGGGUUUUUGAUGAAGAAAGAGCUGAACUACUUUGCGAAGGCCUUGGAAAGCCCGGAGCGACCCUUCCUGGCCAUCCUGGGCGGAGCUAAAGUUGCAGACAAGAUCCAGCUGAUCAAUAACAUGUUGGACAAAGUCAACGAGAUGAUUAUUGGUGGUGGAAUGGGUUUUACCUUCCUCAAGGUGCUCAACAACAUGGAGAUUGGCACUUCUCUGUUUGACGAAGAGGGAGCCAAGAUUGUCAAGGAUCUGAUGGCCAAAGCCGAGAAGAACGGUGUGAAGAUUACCCUGCCGGUUGACUUUGUCACUGCCGACAAGUUUGAUGAGAAUGCCAAGACUGGCCAAGCCACUGUGGCCUCGGGCAUACCUGCUGGCUGGAUGGGCUUGGACUGUGGGCCUGAGAGCAGCAAGAAGUACGCCGAGGCUGUCGCGAGGGCCAAGCAGAUUGUGUGGAACGGACCUGUGGGCGUGUUUGAAUGGGAAGCUUUCGCCCGAGGGACCAAGGCCCUCAUGGACGAGGUGGUGAAAGCCACUUCCAGGGGCUGCAUCACCAUCAUAGGUGGUGGAGACACUGCCACUUGCUGUGCCAAAUGGAACACGGAGGACAAGGUCAGCCAUGUGAGCACCGGGGGUGGUGCCAGCUUGGAGCUCCUGGAAGGUAAAGUCCUUCCUGGGGUGGAUGCUCUCAGCAAUGUUUAGUCCUUUUCCCGCCUUAUGGUUCCUGGGCGCAUCCUGUAACUCCACUUAGUGCUUUCCGCGUCUCUACUUGGUAUUAGCUACAGUCUUCCCCCACCCCCCUGGCAAGAUCCAGCUACUAGUGGCCGAGAGAUGCAGCCCAGGAACACGUAACACAGCCGCACGGCAGCGGCACAUCAGCUCACCCUCACUGCACCCUGGAUCUGGCUACAUUCUUCGGGAUCCCAUCUGCAUUUGCUAGUGGCUAAACCACUGUGCAUUCUAGAGUGCAUAUAUUUAUAUUUUGCCUGUUAACCUGUUAGCUUAAUCCUCUUCUUGGAGUAGCUGACUCUGAUGAGCAUUGCCAUUGUUUUGCUACAUGAAAACAAGAUAAAAUUCCAGCUGUGAGGAGGGACGGAGAGGAAGUUGGAGAUCUAUUAAAUAAAUAAAUAAUAAAAGUAUUCUUU